GAGGCUACCCCUCGCGCCUGAGGCUGACGCCAUGAAGAUCAAUGAUGCCAAAAAACCCUCUUUCCCAUGGUUUGGCAUGGAUAUUGGAGGAACCCUAGUAAAGCUGUCAUAUUUUGAACCUAUUGAUAUCACAGCAGAGGAAGAACAAGAAGAAGUUGUGAGCUUAAAAAGUAUUCGGAAAUAUUUGACUUCUAAUGUAGCAUAUGGAUCUACUGGCGUUCGGGAUGUACAUCUUGAACUGAAGGAUUUAACACUUUUUGGACGAAGAGGAAACUUGCACUUUAUCAGAUUUCCAACCCAGGACCUGCCUACUUUUAUCCAAAUGGGGAGAGAGAAAAAUUUCUCAACCUUACAAACGGUGCUGAGUGCUACAGGAGGUGGUGCUUACAAGUUUGAGAAAGAUUUUCACACAAUUGGAAACCUCCGCCUGCACAAACUGGAUGAACUUGACUGCCUUGUAAAGGGCUUGCUGUAUAUAGAUUCUGUCAGUUUCAAUGGACAAGCAGAAUGCUAUUAUUUUGCUAAUGCGUCAGAACCUGAUCAAUGCCAAAAGAUGCCUUUUAACCUGGAUGAUCCUUACCCACUGCUGGUAGUGAAUAUUGGCUCAGGAGUCAGUAUUUUAGCAGUCCAUUCCAAAGACAACUAUAAAAGAGUGACUGGGACAAGCCUUGGAGGGGGCACUUUUCUUGGUUUAUGCAGUUUAUUGACUGGCUGUGAAAGUUUUGAAGAGGCUCUGGAAAUGGCAUCCAAAGGUGACAGUACCCAAGCUGAUAGACUGGUCCGAGAUAUUUAUGGAGGAGAUUAUGAAAGAUUUGGUCUGCCGGGUUGGGCUGUGGCAUCUAGUUUCGGUAAUAUGAUUUAUAAGGAGAAACGAGAAGCUGUUAGUAAGGAGGAUCUGGCAAGAGCUACUUUAGUUACUAUCACCAAUAACAUCGGUUCCGUGGCACGAAUGUGUGCUGUGAAUGAGAAAAUAAAUCGAGUUGUCUUCGUUGGAAACUUUUUACGUGUCAAUACUCUGUCUAUGAAACUUCUGGCAUAUGCUUUGGAUUACUGGUCAAAGGGUCAAUUGAAAGCAUUGUUUCUAGAACAUGAGGGAUACUUUGGAGCUGUUGGUGCACUUCUUGGACUGCCAAAUUUCAGCUAAAACAUUGGAGAUCUUUACUAAAGAAUGUCAUCCAGGAGGAACUGAUCCAGAAACUGCAUUCAUUAUUUGUCACUGGGAACCAAAGGAUAAAAGAGUAAUGCUAUUUGUGUUCAUUUUAAAUGUCAGAACUGUAAGCUCAUGAGCUUUGCCGUGUGGAAAGACCUAUAAUGGGAAGUAUCCCUCAUUGAUGUCCCCUUGUAUGUAUAGAUAGCCAGUGUUCCAUCUUAAAUGCAAUGCAGCCUCUUGAUUGUUG